AUGUCUAUAAGGAAAACUAGCUAUGAGGUGGGCAAGGACUAUGUGUACCACUACAAUGGAAAGCUGCAAGUCCAGAACCCUGAACAGCCCCUCCAGUCAUCGGGAUUCGUGUUUCGAAGCAAAGUCAUCGCCCAGCCCAGUCCUGACCACACGCACUUCAAGAUAAUCGAUUUCGAGGUGGACAGUUUCAACGGCGAACAUAUCCAGCUGAGUGAACAAGAGUUCCACUAUCACUCCACUGACGCGCUGAAGCAGUUCAUUGAGAGGCCAUUUGCUGGCAAGUUUUCUAAAGGAAAGCUCGUAGCUGCAGAGCUGGGCAAGAACGAGCCUAAGUGGUCUAAGAACCUCAAGAAGGGAGUCGUCAGCGUGUUUCAGCUGGACUUGGUCAAUGGGCGUCACGACAAUCCCAACGCCAAGCAGUUCUACGUAAAGGAGGAAAGUCCUCUGGGAAACUGCGACACACUCUACAUUGUCGGCGAGAACGAAGGUGACCUCAGGGUCACCAAAAUCAAGAAUCUCAAGAAGUGCGAUGAGCAGAUCUACACUAUCGGAAGAGUUAAGGGGCACAACUGCGUCGACUGCAAGGCGCUGGAGACCCACCCCGGUCUAGCCACCUCUCAGAUCCAGUACAGCCUGGACGGAACUCCCGAGCACUACGUCAUCAAUCAUGCAAGCGCCACUUCGGCCACCCAAUUCAAGCACUUCGGUGCCGGAAAUACCGUCCGUGUACAAAUUAAUCGUACCCUGGAAUUAGAAGAGGUUCGCGGUGCCACCACCGACGUUCGGCUACCGGAGGACAUCGAAAAAGUGGACCACCUCUGGCUGUCCUUCCCAGAGUCUGGUGGCGCAGACAGCCUCGAAGAACUCAAGGAGGUCAACCGCUUCGUGGCCGAUUACGAAUUUACCGCAGACAAGGACAGGUUCAUCGCUGCUCUCAACUACCUUGUUUCGAUCGAGUACGGAGAUGGCGACAUCAGAGACGUCGACAGCAAGGAAAUCGGAAACAACUUCUUGGCCUUGCACAGCUCCUUUGCCGCCAUGCCCUUUGAAGAUGUCGCACAGAUGUAUGACCAAACCGUGGCCAACGCACCCGAAGCAAGCAAGAGCGACGUUAGGAGGUUGUUCCUGGACCUGCUGUCAGCUACAGGAGGAAACCCUCAUGCGGCGUUUGGAAUGCAACUGAUCAAGGAAAACAAACUCUCGGACGAUGAGUCUGAACACUUUCUCUCCAAGUUGGCCCUCCACCUCAAAGAGAACAGCCCUGCCCUUCUGACCGAACUCGCCAGUGUAUGUGAGCAUGUGAAGCCGCGCCGUCAUGUGUGGGUAAACUGCCAACUCGCUCUGAGCAGCCUCGCAGGCCAAAAGGGCUGCGUUCGCGCCAAGAUCAACAAAGAACAUGACAAUGGAUUCUGCAAGCCCUCUUUGGUUUCGCACUUCUUUAACUACUCGAUUACUCCUUCGGACAAGAAGGACCAGCCAGAGUACAAGAGGACGGUGUACAUCAAGACUGCGGGCAACUUGGCCACCAGAAGUGCCGUGCUCUACCUCGAACGCUACAUCAGCCCAGAAGCCAAUCAGCCGGAGUUUAGGAGAGCUGCCGCCUUCUGGGCACUCAAGCAAUCCGUCCCACAUCAUCCCGAAAUGGUGCGUGACAUCGCACUUCCAGUGUACAUGAACAAGAGCGAGUCGUCCUAUCUUCGCAUCGCCGCAUUCGUAAAUGUCCUAUUGACAAAUCCCGACCUCUACCUACUCAAGUACAUCGGCCAAAACAUCAUCGACGACCCCAGCGACCAAGUGGCAUCUUACGUGACCAUCAGGUUCCGUGCCCUCGUUAAUUCCAAGUACCCGUGCCACCAAGAACUGGCUCAGCACCUUGCUCACGUGGUACCCAUGUGGAACAACGUAGACCGGUUCUCCGAGCCCCUGGACCGCACCCAAUCGCAGUUCACCCUCUCAACCAGUUACGACCCCAAGUACGACUACGGGAGUGCAACGGCGUUCGGACUAGUCCGGGCUGACGAUAGUUACCUGCCCCGAGGAGUGUACCUCGGGGUUCAGGACUACUUUGGAGGCCACUCGUCCAACACAGUUUCCCUAACCUUCGAGAACUGGGGUCUGGAUAAGCUGCUAAACCGUGUACUUGGGCCUCAUCCUGGAUCUACCACGAACAUGUGGAACGUCUUCGGGCGACGUCGCUUCACCAGGGAUGCGUCAGUGAAGGAGAUCAAAGAAGUCGAGGAUGCUCUUCCCGUCAGAGAUCGAGAGCACGACCACGUCUACGGCCGACUGAGCCUUGAUCUUUUCGGUCACGCCAUCGACACCUGGGAGUUCGACGAAAGCAUUGUCCAAGAACUUACUGAGGGAGACGACACACCAGGACGCAAGUUAAGGAACCUCUUGGGGAAGGUGCAGCGUAAGAGGAGCUUCUCCCUGAGCAAGGACCUGCUUUACGGGAUUCCCACCGAACUUGGUGUUCCUAUCUACAUCGAGCACAAACAAGCCGAAUGCACCUACAUCAACCGCAAGACGUUUUCCGUGAAUCAAGCGGAUGACGCCAAGUUCUCCCUCGAUUUCAAGAGGCACUACGUCCAUCAGAGCCAGGGCUACAGCGUGGUCGGCGUGAAUCUCGCCUUCAACAAGACGUUCUUGGCAGUGGGCGCCAACGUCCAGACCCUCUUCAACCUGCCGAUCAACCUGCACGUCACCGUAGACACGGUUCACAAGAGGAUGAGCCUGAAGCACCCGCUGAGCCUGCCCUGGAAUGUCAUGAACCACCACUUCCGCCCGUACACGUUCGUCAAGCAAUACGGCCUAGCCACAGAUGCUUCCACCACUGCCCCCUAUUUGUCUCAGUACCCUGUCUACAACAACCACGAAGUCACUGAGUUUGACCGUACCUACUUCGCCGACAUCUUCGGCUACGGCCUGAACGUAAAAGGCAGUCUCCUCAGCAAGGGACUUAAGAAGGGACUGCAGAACUUUUGGCACGAGAGCGACUAUCGUCAGAAGUACUUCUAUGCCACCCAAAACCCAGAGGGCCACCCGCGUGAACUGCAGUUCACCCUCGUUCCAGCUGAAGGAGACGCUACGACUGAGAUACAGGUCGAUCUCGGCUACAAUUUCCUCGAGCCCAAUAGCGCAAGGAACAGCCACUUUCCCGUUCACGACAACGUCGGAGAAGAUGGCCAGGUUCCUUCUACUCAUGUACUCAACCUCGACUACGCCCUGAAGGGCAGCAAGGAGCGCAAGAUGUCCGCAGAACUGAGGUACUCUUUCACCAAGGACAACUUCAGGCACAAAGUUCAGUUCUUCUACGACCGAACACCAUUCCACCCGGAGGAGAAAGACCACACCAAGGUCUGCUUGGAUGUUACAGCAAUGUUCCCAGAGCCCGACCGGGCAAGGUUGAACAACCUCUCACUUUUCUACGAGGGCAAAAAGCUUGAGUCCCAGCUGUACCUCCGCUACGGAAAAAACUGUGUAGACCAGUCUAGCAUUAUUUUUAAAAGCAAACAUACGCACACGGACGACGAGGCGAAGCAGAUUCGCGAGAACGCCGAAGGCCAACCACUGGGAAACAACCGACUGAAGAUGUACAAACUGCGACGGUUAUUCACGAAAUGCACAGAGGACCAACGGCGGGGCGUUCCCCUAAACUUCUGCAUGAAGUACAUGUACCACAGCAGCCGCCUCGGUAAAUUCGCAACGGAGGUCGAGUACAAAAUCCUCAAACCGCUUUUCCCCACGCUGCUGGGACACCAGAUGACGACCGACCCGCAUGGAAGUUUCCUCGGCACCCUCGCAUCACACAUCCACGGACCCAACGGGAAGCUCCACGUCGUCUCCCAAGUGCCUCCGGUUGAGGAGUACUCGGACAUCGUUGUGACAACCGAGGACGGUCACUCCUUCCAUCACGAGCACGUGCCAAUCUACAGCCACUUGCUCGCGCCUAGGGUUUUCUCCCUCCUGGGAUACUCGAACAUGGCUAACUACAUCUCCUACUACAAACCAAGGUAUUGCGGCCUGCAAGGCAAGGGUGUCACGACCUUCGACGACGUUGUGGUCAACCUUCCCGAAACCGACUGCUUCAAGGUGGUCGCCAAAGACUGCACUCCCCACAAAAGGUUCGCGGUCCUGGCACGGGCCACUGGAGACGCCAAACAUCCCAAGGCGCUGAAGGUGUUUAUCCAGUCUACGAAGGUCGACCUCUUCCCAGUUUCCCACGGCGCAAGACUGGAGUUUCACAUUGACGGAAACAGAGUACCACUGACCCCGGGAGUACCGUACAGCCACACCACGCACGAAGUCGAGCUCUUCACAAUCACGCAGGCGGACAAAUUCUACGAAGUGACGUCACUGCCUUAUGGGCUGUUCCUCGGAUUCGACGGGAACAUCCUCCUCGUACAGACCGCUAACAUCUACCGCGGCAAGCUAUGCGGUCUUUGCGGCGACUACAACCACGAGAGGCAGCACGAGCUUGUGGGCCCCGACCUCCACCACUACAACGACACCCUGGAGUUUGCCAAGAGCUACGUCGUUCCCUCCCCCGACUGCACCCCACCCUGA